AUGGGCUAUCCUCAGACAUUCAGCGGCUUUUGCGUCGAUGGACCAAAAUCGUGGAACAAGUUCUACAAGUCAGAGUUGAAGCCUAAACCAUUUGGAGAUCACGAUAUCGACGUCCAAAUCGAAGCAUGCAGCCUCUGCAGCUCUGACCUGCAUACAGUCACAGGUGGAUGGGGAGACUACGAGGGGCCCCUUUGCGUCGGCCACGAAGUUGUUGGCAAAGCUGUUAGUGUCGGCAAGCAUGUGAAGAAGAUUAAAGUCGGUGAUCGAGUUGGCGUUGGCGCCCAAGUUUGGUCUUGCCUAGAGUGCGACCUUUGCAAAGAAGGCAACGAAAACUAUUGCCCCCGAAUGGUUGAUACCUAUAAUGCUCAAUACGAGGACGGCAGCUGGGCCCAUGGGGGUUUCAGUUCGCAUAUUAGAGCCCACGACUACUUUACCUUCAAAAUUCCUGAUCAGCUUUUGGCUAGCGGUGUUAAUCAAGUGGCGCCGCUUUUGUGCGCAGGUAUCACAACAUAUUCUCCCCUUGUUCGCGGUGGUGUUGGUCCGGGGAAAACGGUUGGUGUGAUCGGAAUUGGAGGUCUUGGACAUCUGGCUCUGCAGUUCAGUAGCAAGCUUGGAGCUCGCACGAUUGCCUUGACACACUCUCCAAGCAAAGUCGAAGAUUGCAAGAAACUUGGUGCGACAGAAGUCAUCCUCACAACCGAGAAGGGAUGGAACAAGCCUUGGAAGGCGAAAUUCGACUUUGUUCUGAAUUGCGCAGAUGUUACGGAUCAAUUCGACAUGACUACCUACCUUUCCAUUGUGAAGCCGACUGGCGACUUUCACAUGGUCGGGAUCCCGAAUGGUGCUCUACCUCAAAUGUCGGUUGGACUUUUCGUCGGUGGCGCACCCAAGUUGACAGGUAGUCAUCUUGGAAACCAUCAAGAGAUGGAAGACCUUCUUAAUCUCGCUGCUGAAAAGAAUAUCCGGCCAUGGGUUGAGGUUAUGCCGAUAUCGGAGAAGAGUCUUGGCGAAGCUUUCGAGUUGCAGAAAGCUAACAAGUUCCGUUACCGUUGUACACUUGCGCAAUUCGACAAGGCUUUUGGGAAUGAACAAACGCAGUGA